UUUGGGUUAACCUAUAGUGUUCUCUCAUUUGCAGGCAACUAUCUGGAAUCCUAAUAAGAUGUCAAGGCGCAGCAGUCGUUUACAAGCCAAGCUGCACCAGCCCUGCCAGGAUACGUCUCCUCAAGAACUGCAGGUGCCAGAGUCUCUUCAGAACAGAAAAAGGAAAGCAAUGCAGGACCCCACGAAAACAGAAGAGAUCAACAUGAGACAUCAGUAUGAAAUUAAGAGUUGUUGGCCAUCUACAAUAUCAGGCGGCAUCUCCCCUUGUAUUAUAAUAGAAACUCCUCACAAAGAAGCAACAACCACUGAUUUUUCCAGAUUCAAAAAAUACAGGUUCAGAAACCUCUUCAUAAAUCCAUCACCUUUACCGGAACUAAGCUGGGGAAAUUCUAAAGAUGUCUGGUUCAACAUUCUCAAAAAGGAGAACAAAUAUUCUCACUGUAAGCAUUUCACAUCUCUACACUCCAACUUGCAGCCGCACAUGAGAUCAAUCCUAUUGGACUGGCUUCUGGAGGUAUGUGAAGUAUACACGCUCCAUCGGGAAACUUUCUACUUGGCACAAGACUUUUUUGACAGAUUCAUGCUGACUCAAAAGAAUUUAAACAAAACCAUGCUUCAGCUCAUAGGAAUUACAGCCCUGUUCAUUGCUUCCAAGCUUGAGGAGAUUUAUGCUCCCAAACUACAGGAAUUUGCCUAUGUUACUGAUGGUGCUUGUAGUGAAGAUGAUAUUAUAAGAAUGGAGCUCAUUAUAUUAAAGGCUCUAAAGUGGGAGCUGUGCCCAGUAACAAUCAUCUCUUGGCUGAACCUUUACCUCCAAGUGGAUGCUCUGAAAGAUGUCCCAAAGGUGCUGCUACCUCAGUAUUCUCAGGAAAAGUUUAUUGAAAUAGCACAGCUCUUAGAUCUAUGUAUUCUAGAUGUCAAUUCUUUGGAUUUCCAGUAUAGAAUAUUGGCGGCGGCUGCACUCUGUCACUAUACCUCAAUACAUGUAGUUACAAGAGUCUCAGGCUUGGAGUGGGACAGUAUUGCAGAAUGUGUAGAGUGGAUAAAACCAUUUCUUAAGGUUGCAAAAAAAUCACCAGUGAAACUAAAGAAUUUUAAGAAAAUUGCAGCAGAAGACAGGCAUAAUAUACAAACCCACACAAACUACUUGGACAUGCUGGAUGAAGUCAACUACGAAGUAGCUGUUGCAGCACCAGGCCAGCUAUCACCAGUGUCUACAGGAGGAAUUAUUACCCCGCCCAAGAGUUCUGAAAAAUGA